AAAAUAAAUAAUUAAUUUAGUUUAGCCGAGAUACGUUUUGCGUCACAAGUUAAAGGUUUUAAACGUUAUUACGCAGGUUUCCAACCAUGGCGUACACCUAUGGGGGUGAAGAGAACUACGGGAAUGGCCAACAAGGUUUUGGUGGGCAAGGUUACGGAGGCAGAGGGGGAGGUGGAGGUUUCGGAGGAGGUGGGGGAAACUUCGGAGGCGGAGGAGGGUUCGGAGGUGGUUAUGGAGGCCCGGGCAGGGUCGGCGGUCACAGAGGGUUCCGUGGCGCCGGUUCUUUUCAACACCCUGGACCAUUUCCUGGACAGUUUCAAGGCAGGGGGGCGGGCCCACCUGGAGGCGGAGCUUUUUGGGGCCAGGGGCAGAAUGUGGCACCCUGGGGACCACCGCCUCCUAAUUUGGGACAUGGAGGACAUUAUGGAGGCCAAGAAGAACAGUUUGGAGGCCAGGGAAUGGAGGAGUAUGUUGAGGAUGAAGGUGCUCCCGGGGAAGAGAAUGUGGAGGAAGUAGAACAAAUAACUGAUAGUAGAGACGGAGGGAAGGAGGAGCAGGGACGAAAUGUUGAUCACACUGCUCAAGUUAGUACCGAGAAUUCUGCCGAAUUUAACUUGAAGGACAAGAAUGGUGAAGAAGACAUAAAGAGUGAUAAAUCAGAAGCUAAGAAAAGGUCAAGAUCUAGAUCUAGGUCUAAGUCUAGAAGUAGACGACGUAGUAGAUCUUGGAGUAGGGGCAAUAGACGGAGAAGCCGGAGUAGAAGAAGAACUAGAAGCAAGGAGAGGAGAAGGAGGAGGGAUAGAACCAGGUCUAGGAGUCGCUCAACAAGUCGUAGCAAGAGAAGUCGAAGCAAGAGGAGCCGGAGCAAGAGGAGCCGGAGCAGGAGAAGUCGGAGUAGAAGUAGGGAUCGCAGGCGCAGAGACAGGUCUAGGGACAGGAGAAGAAGCCGAUCCAGGACACCUCCAAGGCGAGGUGGAGGUAAUGACUGUGGAAACUGGAUGACGGAUGAACCCAAUAGUACAAUUAUGAUUAGAGGUCUUCCCGUUUACAUUCUGGAACAAGAUAUCCAUGAUAAUAUUCUAACUCAUGGAAUCGAAGCUACUGAAGUUCGUCUGAUCAGGAAGAAAGAUACCGGUGAAUCCCGAGGCUUUGCUUUUGUUGAAUUCGCAAGUGUGAGCGAGGCGAAGGAGUGGAUCGAAGCUGAGCAGGGCAUGCUGAGAUUUGGUACAUGGGAGAUAACGAUGCAGUACAGCCAGGCUAGAGACCUCAAGGAGACUAGAGUUGAACCAAGCAAGCUUCUUGUCGACUGGAAAUGUCCAAAGUGUGAUGCACAGAACUUCAAGCGCCGGGAGCAAUGUUAUAAGUGUGCUUGUCCUCGACCUGAGAUAGAUGUUACCAAUACACUUCUAGAGGACGAGACUGAUGAAACUAGUCCUCAACCAACCAGUGUUCUGAUGCUGAGUGGUCUGGAUGCUCUAUCUAUGGAAGAAUCGAUAAUGAAAGCUCUGAAAGGAAUCUCAGCUUUACCAAUUCUCUCUGUAACAAUCAGCAAGGAUAAACUUACCAGUAUGUCGAGGGGGAUGUGCUAUGUACAAAUGAGAUCAAUUAUGGACGCUAUGAUUCUGUACAACACUAUUUCUGAGAAAUCACUCUUCGUUGACGGUAAAAAGUUGUUGGUUGCCUACAGAAAACAGGAGAAUGAAAAGGAGAAAUCGUGUCUGGUUGAUGCACCAGCUGGUAAUACAGGGUCCAUGGUCCCCUCACAACAGGAUACUCAGGCACAGUUCUCAGAGGAGGAAAUUAGGAAAAUGGCCGAGUAUUCUGCAGAUCUAUAUGCUAAACAUCCAGCUGAACGAGCUAGCUAUAUACAAUACUAUACAACUUACUACAAGGAGGGCGGGGAUCCUACCCCCGCCCUGAAGGCCAUCUAUGCGGAGAAGAAAGGACCACCCGUCCCAGUGGAUCUAGGUUCCAUUUCUAUCAACGGUGUUGUUUAUAAAAAAUAUCCUCCUCCAGACACAAGUACCUACCAGUUUGAUGAGUCGAGUGGAUAUUAUUACGAUCCUGUGUCUACUCUCUACUACGAUUCCAAUUCACAAUACUAUUAUAAUUCAAAGACAACACAAUUUUGCUACUGGGACGCUACUCAUGAAACCUUUCUCCCGGCCCCAGAUUCAGAUGCUGCUCAGGCCCGGGAGGUACCCGCAGCACCUGAAAUUACUGUGAUACCUGCCCAAAAAGGUGUAGAGGAUAUUGCAUUUUCUAUCCUGCAAAGGAAUGACAGACCGGUUGAUCCUGGCCCUCUGCCCGGUCUUGCAGGAUACCAAGAUGAUGAAGAAGAUGAACUUCAAUUAACAGAUUGGGACAAAUAUGCCUGUCUUCUUUGUAAGCGACAAUUUCAGGUAGUGGAGCAAUAG